UAUAUGCAACCAAUUAACCCAGCACUGACUCACUCACUCAUUCACACUGAAACUGAGACCUUAAUUAGUAGUAGUAGCUGGCUAGCCGUGUAGAGGAACAAGAGUGAGCAAUGGCGAAGCCGCAGCAGGAGGUGUACUUCGUGUUCAUGAACUUCGACCCUGUCUACGAGCGCCUUAGAGCCGAUCGCUCGAAGCAGGGGUCGGCCACGCUGGACGCAUACCUGAGCGACAAGCACGACAAGCUGCUGGCCAAGCUCCUCGGCCCGCCCGACACCUACCGGAAGAAGUCCUCGCUCGCCAUCGUCGACGGCUUUGCUGCCGAGAUCACCGACGCUCAGGCGAGCGUGCUGAGGUCCGCCAAGGAGGUGAGGGUGGUGGAGAAGAACCAGGAGCUUGCUUGACCAGUCAAAUUGACAGCUACAUCAGCUAGCCAGACAGAUUAUCUUUAUCUAUAUAUAUUUCCCUUAUAUGUAUUACCACUUCAUCAGUACUAAGAUGCUUCGAUCUACUAAGUUUAUAGGAGUAGCUAGGGCUGCUCCGAGAGUCAAUUAGUUUUGCGGCUUAAGUGUGUCUGUAUCGAUCGCUGUGUGUGAGUGUGAUCUCCCAUGGCGCCUUUGUUGACUCUAAUGUCAAGCUCAAGGCCUCAAGCUUAGCUGCAAUAUCUGUAGUUAUGUAUUAAGUGCUGUAGUAAUCAGUUAGCAGUAGCUGCAGUAAUAUAGUAGAUAUAUAGUCCUUAGGGUCUACCAAUAUUCAGAGGAUGACUUUGAAGAUUGAACCCCGGCUCCUUUGCAGUGUAGUAAUGGUUUGUCCAAAAGCUAUGCAUGUGUAAUUUUACAGCCACGUGCACUUCUCUUUCUGUGUCAAACAUGCAUGGCAGUGUGUGUA